AUGUCUGCGUCGUCUGCCUCAGAGGCGCUGUUGAAACCGAGUGAUACCGUGUCAAAAGAAGCAAUCCAGUCUCCUGUAUUCACGCGUUUGCGUGGAAAGCGGGUCAUUCUGGCGAGCGGCAGCGCGAGACGGAGAGAUCUCCUGGCUCAGAUCGGUCUGCACCCGGAGGUUGUGCCCAGCACAUUCCAGGAAGACUUGUCUAAGGACGAUUUCGUAGGGGAAGCUAUUUACGAAUACCCAGUGGAGACCGCGACCCAUAAAGCCAAGGAGGUGUAUGAGCGCCUCGUCCGCACCGAGCCGCACCACCCGCCGGACCUCGUUAUCGGCGCCGACACAGUAGUUGUGUUCGAGCAGCAGGUGCUAGAGAAACCUGUGGACAAGAUGGACAAUUUGCGCAUUCUAGCAGAUCUCAGUGGUCACUCGUGCACAGUCAUUACUGGAGUGGCACUCGUGCAUCCGAUCUUGCAGGCACCCGGCUAUCAGAUUCGCACCGUCUGCGAAAAAACGAAAGUGCACUUUGCGGACAUGCCGGCGGACGUGUUGAAGGCCUAUGUGGACUGUGGCGAGGGCCUCGACCGCGCCGGUGGCUUUGCGAUCCAGGGUCGCGGCGCCCUGCUGAUCCGCGGGAUUGAAGGAGACUUUCACAACGUCGUUGGCUUUCCCGUGUUUAGUGUGUUCGAACUGCUACACAAACUGGUGGAAAAUGAGGAACUCGACCUAGAGGGUCUCGGUAUGUAG